AUGCAUUUAAUUCAGCCAUUCACCGUGGAGGAUUUGGCUGCUGCCAAGAAAGCCAAAAAGAAGUCUAAGGAUCAUAAGCACAAGAAGUCCAAAAAGAAAAAGAAACGUCACUCGAAACACCAUCGCAGUGGUUCGCGUUCUCGUUCAUCUCGAAAGAAGCAUCGGGAAAGGUCCAACAGCCGAUCGAGGUCGAAGGGCUAUUUGAGGUCCAAAGAGCAGUCGAGGUCUCCGUCCAUAAGCGCCUGCCAAUCUCAUGGCUCCACCGCGAAAUCCGAAACGCAGGCUAAGGUGGCUGUUGAGAAGACACCUGAAACUUUACCACUUUCUCCGAUAUGUCCAAUUCCCGAACGGACUUCCCUUCAUGAGGUAAACAUUUAA